AUGGGUCUUCAACAUAAAAUCUUCUUCAGCAAGCGAGCUAGUGCGACUCGCACUGGCCCUGCAGGCUCUGAUCACCUUAAAUGGGUCCCCACGAGCUCUACUCUCAUCUACGGCGAGAAAGAUGCCAUUCUAGUCGAUGCUCAGUUAACCAAACAAGCCGCAAAAGAAUUGGCUGACUGGGUCAUUGCCAGUGAGAAGAACCUGAUCGCUAUCUAUGUCACUCAUUCGCACGGCGAUCAUCAUUUCGGAAGUUCGGUCCUUCUUAAGCACUUUCCUCGCGCCAAGGUCUUAGCAACAAGCGAGGUUGCGUCCAGGAUGAAGAACGAAUGCUCCCCGGAGAGGUUGCAGAGUCUCUGGGAAAAGCUCUUUCCCGGGCACAUUCCGGACGAGUUUGCAUCCGCUGAGGCCCUGCAAAAGGAUGAGAUUGCGCUAGAAGGCGAAACAUUGGUCAUUAUGAGAUUGGGCCACACCGACUGCGAUGAGACGACGGCCCUAUGGGUUCCAUCGACUGGCCUGCUGGUUGCGGGCGAUUCUGUUUAUGGUAACACUCAUCCAUAUAUGGGGGAGUCGGGGACCAUGCAAGCACGACUCGCCUGGAUCGCAGCGCUAGACAAGCUCGCCGCUUUGAACCCGAAGGUCGUGGUCGGCGGACACAGUGAUCCGAACAGUUCUUUUGGGCCUGAUGCCAUUGGUGAGACCAAGGCAUACUUGGAGAAUUUCAACAAGCUUGUAGAGCAGUCUCGGACUGCUGAGGAGAUCUACUCACAGAUGAUGGAAUUCUACCCUGCACGGCUAAACCCGGGUUCACUCUGGGGCGGCGCAGCGCUUUCAAAGCAGAAGUAA